AUGAGUGACCAAGUAACUGCCCCUAAGGGCAAGGAAGUUCUGUUUGAUUUUUUUGACAAAUACAAUGCCCGGCCUUCUGUGCCUGGCAUAGAUUGGGCACAGAACAGUUGGCACAAUUUGCAGAGUGUCGUAGGCCGAAUGGUUGCUCUGCGGGAGGACGCUCGGGUCCGCUCUGGGAAAGGGAAAGCCAUUGUUUGUGCCGUGCUAGCGGCAGCGGGGGCGAGAGACUGCCCUCAUGCCACUGAAUCUCAGACCAUAGAAUCUCUCCAAACCCUGGUUCAAACCCUGCGGGGACAAGCUGGCAAAUUAAAAAAACAACUGAAAGAGGAAAAGGACCAGGUUAAAAUUUUACAAGCUGCUCUUAAGGAGCAACUGCUUGUGAAUGCCGUCUGUGAGGAGGCACCCCAUCAAACUAUUUACCCUAUUAAUGACCUGCAGGCAGUGAGAGAAAAAUUAGAGAGACCAGAACCACCCUCGCUGCGACCCUUAGUUAAAACCAAAUACAGUUACAAAGAUGAGCAGGACCAUUUUCCCCAAGUUACAACUAAAGAAAUCCCCUACACUGCCACUGAAUUGGUGAAAUUGAAAAAGGAUUUUGGCCGAACCCCAAAGGAAUCAGAGACGGAUUAUGUGUGGAGAGUGUCACUAUCAGGAGGGGAUCAAAUUUUGCUCAGUGAAAGGGAGGUGGAAGGAUAUUGGGGGCCAGGACUAUUCUUAACUACCGGAGACCACCGAGCCCCCUGGUCUCCUACCCAGUGAGCGGCUUAUUGGGCAGGAGGGUUGAACCCCCUGGAAAGGGGGGAUCCUCUCGCAAUUAUGGGAACUAUUGAUCAAUUGGUGGAAAGUGUGCAGAAAGCGGCUUGCCUGCAAAUGAUGUACGAUUGGAAAUUAGAACCUAGGCAGGAAUCCCCAAUGGUGAUGCUGGUGGAUCCCGAGCGAAUGACUCCCCUUAUAAGGGGACUCCCCGACUCAUUAAAACCAAUUGGGAUUAAAAUACAGGGAAAAAUAGAGGCAGCUUUAGAGGGAUUUGCUCCUGAUCAGCCUCGCGGACCCCCAGAUAGGAAAGUGUGGACUUGGGGUGAAGUAGCCCAAGAGUUAAUCAAUUAUGGGCGCAAAUAUGGCCCCGUUGGCCCUUCAGCCACCAGAAAUCUAAGGCGGGCCGAAGUUAAAAUGGUCCCGCGCUCUGGUGAUGCAAAAAAGCCGCCCCUCAUAAAACCAUCUCGGGGGAGGGACUUUCCAAAGAAGCGCAGUAGCUUGUGGGCAAAGGGCUGGCAAAAGGGGAUCCCACGUGACGUAAUGGAUGGGCUGCCAACAGACAAGUUAAGCUGGUGA